AUGGCCCGGGACGCAGGUUCGGAGAAACUAGUGGCACUACUUUCCGACUGGCGAACGACUCGGCUGAGGUGCAACGCGCUGCUCAACACUGCUGUAAAGAGCCGCCUAUGGGUUGGUGCUGGAGAGCUGCUAAGCUCCUUCCGAAGUGCCGCACUCCUCCUG